AAGAGUUAGAUCCAGGUCAGAUGAAUUCCUCUAUUCUACGCCCAGUACAAGGUGAUUGUGGCUACUCACUGCCCCAUACACCAUCCCAGAGAACUGACUCAGGCCGUAAUGCAGAAGGCAGGGCAAUGGAGAAGACCAUCGCAGACUGCCUGAUGUCCACGCUGGAGAACUUGUGGGAGGAUGAACUCAAGAGAUUCAAGCUCAAGCUCAACGAGUUCCCCCUCAGGGAGGGCUAUGACAACAUCCCCCUAGGGACACUGGAGAAGGCAGAUGCGGUGGACUUAAGCCACCACCUUCUGAGUUUCUACCUGGAAGAUUAUGCUGUGCAGGUGACGGCCGAGGUCCUCAGAGCCAUCAACUGCAGAAACGAGGCACAGAGGCUCCUUGUCCUCACCGGAAAGGAGUAAGGAAAAAGGAAUGCCGUCUCAUGGAACUCACCAUGAGUUAAGGGGAAAGGACUGUCAUUUUCCUCAGCCCUCUGCAAAUGGAGGGAGAUUGAUUCUGAUCCUCUUUUCAUGGGAGUCAUGAGGGUGGAAGUAGUUUAAAAAGCAUGCAGAAUCUUGUUCAGUUAUGUAUCUGCGUUUUCAAAGCACAGGAAAUUUAGGUUGCUAAACCUCUUAAAUAUCCCAGUAUUAGGCACUGACAAUGUGCUCACCGAUCUCUACCCCUCUGGCAAUCAAUUGGACCACAUGUUAAAUGGGUCUUAAAAGUUUUACUACUACCAUAAUACAAGGUCUUAGUCAUAGAUCUGAGCACCACAGCAAAAGCAAUGCAGGUAGACAAAUUAACUGAGUACAAAAUUACAAAGUCAGUUCCAAAAUGGAUUCUGGGUUCAGGGAGGAGCUCAGACACGUGUUCUCUGAUCUAUGUUCCGCAAAGGAGA